AUGGCAACCGACGAUCCAAUAGACCUCGCACAGGCCGCGAUUUCCCGAGUCGCGGAUAUCGCCUCAUCGCUGGGCGUGCAAUACAAGCGACCAGUAUGCGGUCGUCUCGGGGCUGAGCUGCUGCUAGUCGCCAACUACAUCGAUACGGCCGGUCUCUUACGUGACGUGGAAAGCAUCUGCAAUGUGGGUACCUCGUUCGACUUUGCGCUGGAACCAGAGCUAAUUUCCAAAAAUCAGUACCCGGAUCCGAUAUCAGGGAAUGGCUACCACCUUCUGGAGGCCAUAGGCCAGUCGGUCCCGGGAUUCUCCGUUUAUAAUAGGGCCCAAACUGAGAUUCGACGAGGUCUUACCUGUCUCAAUGAAAAUCCUCGCCAUGCGGAGCAGGUCAUUUUUCACAUCCAAAGGUUCACCAAAGGUGACCGAAAGUUAAGUAAACGGGAUGUAAGCAAUGAUACAACUUCUAAAAAGAGAUGGAGUCAUCCAGAACGCCCGCGACAUGUCAACGAGCUCGUCCAUCGGACGUUGCGCGAGUAUGUGUGCUGCACCUGCCAGGAGAGUGCGGUCAAAGGGCAGAUGCAGAGAGAGCAUCUCGUGCGCCUCCUGCUCCAGCCGCCCUCUCAGCAGAUCACAGGUACCAGCCUGAUUCAAUUCGAUAUGCUAUUUUCUUCAACACCAUUCUGGAAAGAGGGGCUACGAAGCCACUGGCAGGAUGUGGAGCUGCUUGUGCCAAGUGUCGGCCACACAAGCAACAAAAAGCGGGCUCGAUUUGCUGACGCUGACCAAGAGAGCGAUGAUAGCGGUCACGUCAAUCCAUUGUCAGCGAAAAGAUUAUCGCGGGUGGACCGGGGUCAAUUUUGCAAUCUCAUUGCCUUGGAAGCUAACUCGCGUCUUCGCCUUUCCAUUCAAGAUGGACAACUUCACCACUGCUUCGAGCCUCUUAGGCAGCUUGUCAACCACGUUCCUGGAAUUUCACUCGCUGAUAUUCUUAGAAAGUAUUAUCUGACUGCCAGAAUGAAGCUAGUACUAGCCUACAUUAUUGCAUAUUCUGUCUGGCAGUACUAUGAUUCCGACUGGAUGAAAACCAAAUGGACAAGCGAUACGAUCCAGUUUAUGAAAGAGUCCGGAAACAACGAGCGUAGCGAUGAGCGGCCUAAGCUGAUUACUUGGAAGCCUUAUCUGUCUGUCCAGUUCAAUAAUGAGGACCCCGAGUGCUAUGAGUUCAAUAAACUUGUUGGUGGGGUGCACGACUACCCCCGAAUCAGAGCUCUCGGCAUCAUGUUGGUCGAGAUAGGCAUCGGCUCUCCCCUUCACAAGGGAGAACCUCAAUCGCAGCCUUUAGUCGCUAAAGAGUUUGACUACCCUGACUAUAUGAGUGCAGUGUCUCACUGUUUGGAUCCUGGCACCUUCAAUCUGGCACCAUUUGUUGCCGGAUCAACCCCCCGAGAAAGGAAAGAAAAUCUCCAACUGCGGAAGGACAGUUUGUACGACAAAGUAGUUUUCCCUCUGGAGGAGCUGCUGCAGGGUACAAAAUGGAUGGAAGACUUGACAAAGAUCGCCCCUUUGGAGGUUCCAUCUAAGGUGACAGCAUUUCAAUCGCCGCCCUCCCUACAUGAGGAUAUUGUGGAACGCACAAUUGCGAAGAAGAAGCGCACGAAGAGCGAGAGGAAGGCGAGCGAGUGGCUGGCACGUUUGAACCAUUUCAAUAGAGAGCUAGCUCAAAUCGGCCCGGCAGUUGGGCUAAGCACCUCGCCACGUGUGCGCAUUGCGAUUCUGGAUACCGGAUACGAUGACAAUGCUCCGUUUUUCUUUUCACCCGAUGUGAAUCCACGCUUGAAGGGCUGGAAAGAUUGCGUAAAUGAAUCGGAUGAGCUAAUGAUUCCGACGGACACGGCACUCAUCUAG